AGGAACAUCCUUCCGUGGGUUGCGCAGUGAGCGUUGUGCGGAGGCUUGCUCUAGUAAGAUCCCGGAUGAUCUGUGUUCGUUUUUGGGCGCCUAUUCCAUCCUUCGAAAGAAUGGAUGGGGAAAUACCGCUCGUCAUGCAGUAAUACUGAGUGGACCAUGAAGAACAUCAAACCUUUUAAUAAGAAUGCUGACCGCAAACUGUAUUCCUUGUGUCAAGAAAUUCCAACAGCUUAUUGACAACCGUGUCAAGUAUCAAGCUUUUCCCGUUCUCUCAACUCCUGUAGUAUUCCUCAAAAAUAUCUGAUAGGAGUCGGUUGCUCAUUUCAUCCCAUUACUAUCUGUUUGUGCGUGUGUUGUGUGUGUGUGCGUGUGACAUAAGGCGGAGACCUUUGAUGUGGUUCUAGACACACCAUUGUCUAUGGUAAUGGUGUUGCUUCUUUUAGCGGAUGUUAGCUAUUCGGUACGCUAUUGUAUUUCCUUGCUGCUGCCCUUUGCUGCACAAGGAGCCAGCUUGAUUUACGCCACAAAAGUCCCGGCCUCUGACCUGAGUCCCGGCACGCCCCAUGUGGCUCCACCACCCUCCUCCGCCACUGCCACCUCCCCUAGCACACCACUCACAAUUGCUGCACCUUCAUAUUGAACGGAGACUCACGACCUUGUGACCGUUAGCUGCAAGUGCCUGAGUGUCUGUUGUUUGUGUUCGUGUGUGUGUAUGUGUUCAGAAAGGACUACACUUCGUCCUCAAUGGUGCUGCCCAGGGCUGCCUUUACUCAAGUAUUCGUGACAGUGAUUUUGCUCUACAGUUCUAAUAGAGUUGUUGGUAAAGAUGUUGAAGGCUUCCAUGGUGGAGACCUUACUAAAUUAGAACAAGAAAAAAUUUGUUUUAAUUUCACGGACGGAAAUCCAGAAAAACACGAGUUUUAUUCUCCAAAUUUUCCUAAUAAUUAUCCCAACAACACAAGGUGUGAACUACAAUUAAAAGCUCCUCACGGUCACGUUAUACAGCUGGAUUUUCGAGAAACGUUUCAUCUGGAGGAAUCAACAACGUGCGAAUACGAUUGGCUAGAAAUAAGGAAUGGACCUCACGGGUACAGCCCCCUCAUCAAAAAGUGCUGUGGCCACGAAUUUCCGCCCCUGCUCACAUCGAAGGACAGGUUCCUAUGGCUCAAAUUCUCCUCCGACGACAGCAUAGAAUACGAAGGUUUUAAGGCCAUCUACGAGUUCAUUAAAAUUGAAGUUGAAAGACCUCAGGCUGAAGAGUGCACCUACGAACGAGGAGGAGCUGGCGGGCUAAUAAGCCCUUCGGACGUGAGCAAAUCCAUCUUGAACUACUCCCUUACUUGGAAAGUACCUCUUGAUUGCACUUGGGUCAUUCAAGUGGAACCCGGCUGGAAGAUGUAUGUCAACUUUCAAAAAUACGAGCUGAAGCAUCCUAAUAACUGUGACCUUAACUUUAUCGACAUCUAUGAGCAGACACUGAGUGACGACACCAGAAUGGCACAGUUUUGCGGCACGGCCACUGAACCUCAAAAAUCGGACGGAAACCUAGUCUAUGUACGCUAUUUUGCACAAGCAGAAGCAAUAGAUGGGAAGUUUGAAAUCGUCUACACAGCAUUCAGAGAAUCUGAUAAAUGCAUACCAACAGAAUUCAGCUGUGACGAUGGCACAUGCAUAGACAUAUCUCUAAAAUGUAACAAAAUGUUCAACUGUAAAUAUCGAUAUGACGAAGAUGCAGCUCUGUGCACUCCUGCAAUGACAGCGAGCAGGAUGCUAACUUCAGAACAUAUGAUCACGAUACUAAUAGUCUUCUUCGCUUUAGUGGUAGCCAUGUGUGCUUCUAUAGUGAUAACAUGUUACAACAAAGUCAAAGAUCGGCGUGAAAAGAAGAGAGAAUACAAAUUGCGGCGCUCUAAAGAAGUGUCCGUAGAUGGUGAAAUGGAUAGAGUUCUCGCUAAUAUGGAUCCAAAUCUAGAGGCAGCAUUGGCAGCUCAAGCGGCUGAAAUUGGUGCAGCAAGAAGAAAAGUUCCACCUAGGUGGAUGGACGAAGAAGAAUCAAAUGGGUGUUAUGUUCCAGAGGUGGACUUAAGUAUAUUUCAUAAAAGCCCUAAUGGUGGACACAUAAUUUGCAGGGAUCGGGAGAAUAAUACUGGAGAUGGUAUUCACAUCAUUAGCAAUUCUUUCCCGGACGGCAUUAACCCUAUGUGCAAGGAACAUGGCUGCCAGAGGAGAGGCAGCUUCUCGCCACCACUGCCUCCCCCUCCACCCCCUCCUCAUGUACGUCGCACACCCAUGGAGCAUCACCACGACAAUCUUGUAUGCCAAAAACACAACACUUAUCGCUCAUACCUGGCUGAAGAGGACGAACCAGACGAUGUUGAACAGACAUCUGUAAAAGCAGCAACUGUGCCUUUGUCCCUGCCUUCGAAGUUUCGGGCCGAGGCAAUAGUCGACGAGGGACUCGACUCCAGUCGGCCACCAAGCUUCGACAGUACGAGGUCAGCCCCAGACGUCAUAGUGCACCGUUGAUGAGAACCCCAUAUCAAUUAACGUGAGAUAAAUUAUAACUAAACUGAAUAUAUUUGUACGCAUAAAACCUAAGAUGUCUUGAGCAUUAUUGCAUCGCAACUUGCAGGGACUGAAUUGACAAGAAAUGGCGCAAUCGAGGAGUUUAGGAAAUUCGACAUUCCAAAGUAGCAACCUUUCUUCCGAUGUUCUUUUCUCCGACUAUUCAUGCUGUAGCAUUUUUUGCUUGAAUAUUUGGACAGACACUAACAAAGCAGUUAGUCGAGGUAAGGGGUGGGCCCCAUCUAACCGGCCUCUGACAACCACGGCCACUCUAGUUUGUAAUAACAAGGCAUUGAAAAAAAUGAUGAGAAUGCCUAACUCAAUCAAAACUUUCAUUUCAUACUUCUUAAAUAUCUUCUAUUUCAAUAAAUUAUAGCUACUGCAAAUAAAAUUAGUCCUCAGUUACUCAUAGUUAACUAAAUUUCAGAACGAAUUUACAAGUUCAAUGAAUUUAUUAAGAAGUUCGUUGAAAGCUUAGAAUAAGCACGUUACUUUAAAGCCUAGUUGUGAUUUAUUAGCUUUUUUAAGAAGUGAUAUUUCAAGGCUAAACCUCAAUAGUACUUUUUUUAUAUAUAACUCGUAAUUUUAUGAGAAAGAUUUUAAGCCUUUCUUUAAGAGUAAGGACAAUGAGUAUUUAACAAAUAUCAGGGGAAGAAUAUAUAACUUUUGAAAGCUUUAUUCUCAUAAUAGUUAACUUUUCAUUUCAUUGAAUGUAUGCAGCAGACUAUUGUAUAUUAAACUAGUGAUAAACCAUUUUUACUAUCAGUUAUAAAAAACAAUCUAUAAGCUGAAGUCAUUUGAAUUUUUGCUCAGGUUCCAUAUAGGAAUAACAAAACAAUCAUUAAAUAUCUCAUGGGAGAAUUGUAGCUUAGGGACAUAGAAUUUCUCAUGUUAACAUUGAUAAGCUCGUAUGACGUGAUUUACCCUAUGAAAGCAUUAGUUAAACUUUUAUAAAUAGAAUAAAUGAAUAGAAUUAAUUAGGUGAGUUCUUAGCUUAUACUAUGAAACUAUCAAAAAAUGGAAGAAGCUGUAACUCAGAGGUGUGCCGUGGAUUCUCAAAAAAUUCCCAAACAACGAGUGAUUUGUUUACUUUUUGCUAACAUCUAGCCCACCCCACCGAUUAGCAAUAAACUGCUUUUACAAUGCCAAAGAUUUGAAAAAUGGUGCUACUAUCUAAUUAAAUGACAAAACACUGAACAUAUAGAGCAGAUGUAAAAAAAUUAUCUACUAUCGAUAGAUGCUUUUGAACUUUAUUCCUUGUUUUUAAUCAAGUUAUUAAAAUUAAUCCUGCUCAAAUAAAACUUUUGAGUUCCAUUUGGUGCAAACAUUAUCUUAGUUCUUCAUUUUCCACCACAGCAAGAACUAAAAGUCAGGCAGUGUCUUCCACUCAGUGAACUAACAAGUAUUAAAACUUCAACAAUGAACUAAUAAAUAAAAAAUACUUAUUGUUUUCUCCCAGUUUUCAUCAAGUUGGUUUAGUUUUUGGAAUCAUGUUUGCUUAUGGCCUGUUUUAUGAAGAUGGAAAACUUGAAGGUCUCUGAAGUAUUUUAGGAUAACAAACGAAUAUAACUGUAUAAAUGAUAAGAUGCAAAGGCUGAUCGUAUUUCUAACAAAUUUUUUACAGGAGACAGAACUUAUCCUGUUGGUCAAAGUUCUCAUCCUUUUUGGACUGCCAGAAUUCUAUGUACAAAACAAGAUUCAUAGAGAAUUAGAUCAUACUUUUAUAUAUAUGACAUCUUAGCUUGUUUAUCGAUGAAAUUCUCUUCUGUGUUUACCUUUAAGUUCAACGUCAAGAAAUACUAAAUUUAAAGGAAAAUAUUGUUCAUUAUUAUGUUUAUAAGCAUUGUUUACUAUUUUAAAUUCUAUAGAUCAAUAUAAUUUUCA